AUGCGUAGGGAUGUUGCAAAGUAUGUCUUUAAAUGCUUUACUUAUCAGCAUGUGAAGGCAGAACAUCAGAGACCAGCUGGUACCCUACAGUCCUUACUCAUUCCUGAAUGGAAGUGGGCAGAUAUUUCGAUGGACUUCAUUAUGGGUUUGCCAAAGUCUACCAAAGGAAAUGAUUCCAUCUGGGAAGCUAAGGGAGUUGAGGAAGCUUCCUGGGAGCGCAAGGAGGAUAUGCAUCGUGACUACCCAUAUCUGUUCGAGCAGCGUCCACCUCUCCUCCGCCUGCUCCGCCCGCAUCCCCCGCUCGUCGCCUCGUCGCCUCUCCAGGAACAUAGUCCCCGGCCGCCACCCCGAGCGGUGGCGCAAGACCCGCCGGCAAACGUCGUAUGCAAGCGCUUCUGGAACUGUCUUGGACGCCUCUGCUACGAGUACGAUCACAUUAUUCCUUUCUCUACAGAUCAAUUGGCGAGAAAUGGGAGUCCGGCGACCAAGGCUCCUCCGAGCCCUUCGCCAUUGAGAAAUUCGAAGUUUUUCCAGUCUUUCAUGUGCCCCUCAGGAAUAAACAAUUUCCCGAUGACUAAUUCAACUCAUAUCAAGGAGGGAUUAUCUGUGUUGGCAAAGUUCGAAAGGCCUUUGCUUGUCCACGCGGAGGUAGUUUUGGAUUCUGAAAGCAACCUGAACCAUGAUAGCAAAGGUUCUGAUGUUCGGUCCUAUGAAACAUAUCUUAGGACCAGGCCACCCUCAUGGUAGCAUUCGGCCAAAUGAUGCUUCAACAAACUUGGAGGAGUAAAUGCAAUUGGAUUCUAUAAAUUAUGCAAACUUCAUCAAGUUAUGUAAAUAAUUGUAUUCUUUAUUAUCUAUGUAAACAAUUUAUGUAUCUCUCUAGUAUUUUGAUGAAUGUAUUAUUUGAAUAUAAU